CAUCUCUGACUGAACUUGAUUGCGAAUAUGUAUUCCAAGACACUGAACAGAGCUCCAGGGAAUACACAUGAAUGAUUAGGACUGUAUUAAGACUACAGCAAAUGUUUAUUCAGCCGAUUUUCGGAGAUCUGUUUCCUUUUUCGCUUACCCCCAUAAAUUUUUUCCCCGAAGAUAUUACUUUGUUGCACUAUGUUAAGGAAUGUUGUGUAAGUCUGUUUCCUUGAGAAAUCUGAGAAUUCAAAAUAUCUACACCAACGUCUUAGUGCUCAACCAUGCCUCCGCAGCCGAGCGAACCGGUAAGGCAGUUAUGCAAGGAAUUCCAUCUCACUGAUGUCCAAGUUAAUCAACUUAUGUCUUCUUUUUUGGAGGAUGUAAAGCUUGGUUUGGGGAAGGAUACACAUCCAAAUUCAAUUGUAAAAUGUUUUAUAACAUAUGUGCAGGAUCUUCCAAAUGGGAAAGAAAGAGGAAAAUUCCUUGCCCUUGAUCUUGGAGGUACUAAUUUUCGUGUUCUUGUUAUUCACUUGUCUGAGAAGCACUUUGACAUGAAAGCCAAGAUAUUUGCAAUACCACAAAAAAUUAUGGUGGGAACUGGAACACAGCUGUUUGAUCAUAUAGCUGAAUGUCUAGUAGCAUUUGUUAAGGAGCAUCAAUUACACACAGAAGUGCUGCCUUUAGGAUUUACAUUCAGCUUUCCAUUAAUGCAGAAAGGACUAUCUGUAGGAAUUCUUGAAAGGUGGACUAAAGGCUUCAACUGCUCAGGUGUUAUUGGACAAGAUGUAGUUCAGCUGCUGAGAGAUGCACUGGACAAAAAACCGGAUGUGAAGAUUAACAUUGCUGCAGUUCUUAAUGACACUACAGGUACACUGAUGUCAUGUGCAUGGAAGGAUCACAACACAAAAAUAGGACUCAUCAUUGGAACUGGUACAAAUUCAUGCUAUGUAGAAAAAACUGAGAAUGCAGAACUGUUUGAUGGCGACAGGAGCAAACCAUACGUAAUCAUCAACACAGAAAGUGGAGCAUUUGGUGAUGAUGGAAAACUUAAUUUUAUUAGAACAGAAUAUGACAAAGAUGUAGAUGACAAUUCCAUAAAUCCUGGAAGACAACUGCAUGAGAAGAUGAUAUCAGGAAUGUAUAUGGGAGAAAUAGUUCGACUGAUAGCUGAGAAAGCUCUUAAAAUGAAUGCUAUCCUGGGUGGAAAAGGUUCUGAUGCAUUUCUAAAGCGAGGGGGUUUCUUCACUAAAUACGUCUCUGAAAUAGAAAGUGAUAAACCAGGUUCUUACACAAAUGUUAAGAGAAUAAUGAAUGAGCUUGGUCUUCCACAUGCAACUGAACAAGAUUUUAUAGACAUCAGACACAUGUGUGAAGCUGUUUCUACAAGAGCUGGUGUCAUGGUCUCUGCUUCAAUGGCUACAUUACUUAAUAAAAUGGGUUUUGAACAAGCAACUAUUGGCAUUGAUGGUUCACUCUAUCGAUUUCACCCUGGGUUUGCAGAUCUAAUGACGAGAAAAAUUUCACAAUUAGUGAAGCCAGGGAUUAAAUUCAAGCUAAUGUUGUCAGAAGAUGGAAGUGGAAGAGGAGCAGCUCUAGUUGCUGCUGUUGCCAGUCGGGGAGACUAACAGCAGUCAGAAUUAAACACUUUGUUUUUAGCAGAUUAGCUUAAAUCUGUCUUUUCUCUUGUAGAAAAAUUAUUUGCCUUAAUGUUUUGUGGCCUGGGUUUUUCACCAGCAGAUAUUGUAAACAAUGAGACCACCACAUCUCUUUGUAUUAAACAAAUGAAAUAUGUUGAAUUCAACGGUAUCUUUGUGUAAAGAUCUGUAUCUAGAUAAGGAUGUAAAGGAAAAAUGAAAACUCACUGCAUAAACUGCCUGUAAGUACAUUCAUUAUGGAUGUUUCUUUGCGUUGCUGUGUGAGAGUGCUUUAACAGGUUUACCAGUUCAGCUAAGUGGCAUAUCAUAAGAAAAAUAUGCUUAUUCUCACAGGUGCAACAGAUUAUAUAUGUGGCUGGCAUACUUGUUGGAACUUACGUCAGGAACUCCUACAUAGACGCUUUAGGGCCAGUUUAGUACAAAAUUAACAUUAUGUUACAACAGAUUAAAUUAUAAAUUAGUCCAAAAAAGCAAACAAUAAUAGUUCAUGA